GCGCGCCCGCCCUAACGUUACGCGCUAUAUCGCUCCUCCCGCAUCCGAAACGGUACGAAUUACGAAUACUUGGUCGGACUUUCUUAAUAGACCGGGCUACCGCUGACAUGAAGUAUUAACGCAAUACAAGUCGGAUCAUUAUAAUCAAAGCUGGGAACAAGUGAAGUGACCGCCUGCGCCCGCGCAACCGCGCCGCACACUCCAACCUCUAACCGCCAUUCCACUGCCGCGAGCCUACAUUGGAGCACGCGUCGCGAUCGCAUCUCUAUUUAUUUCUUUCGAAAUAGUAACUCAUUUGUUGUGGUGUAUUACAACCUGUUUGCUACAAUUCAAUUGUUGUGUAUCCAUUUGAAUUUCCGUUCGUACGUGUUCGAGUGAACAAUUUCUCCUUAACGGACAAGUGCAUUGAGUAAGUGUAGAGAAGGCUACAUUCCAAACCGGUGUCGUUCUUUAAUGGACGAGGUGUAUACUCUGUGUGUGUUUCAUUAGUUAGCGAGGGAAGUGACUGUGUUCCGCGGGGUUCUGUGAACUGGACGAAGCCCUUGUGAUUUAAUGACAAGUAGCUCACCGAUGCUCAGUUUCCCGAACAGAAUGUAAUAGUACAUAGACAAAAAGUAGCCAAUUUAAAAGAAAAAUGGCUCGAGGAACACUGAGCGAAAAUGAACGCCAAUGCCUAGACGGCGACGCAAAAAACCAAAUGGAUCGUCGACAAGAAACGGAAAAAACUCUAAGUGGUGAUUGUAAGCCGAACGGAUUGCGAGUCCGCUUCCUGGAUGAGGAAGGAAAGACCGAGAGGACGGUGAGCGCGGACGAGGUCGAUUACUCGGUAUCUAAAGUGAAAAAGAUACACAUAUUGAAAAACAGAAGCUCGAGCGAGACGAGCAUACUUCUAAGGAAUCCAUCGCUGAUGAAGAGGCACUCGAGCGUCGAGCGCCGCUUCAGCGAUGGUAAUACUGAUAACCUUAAUAACAACUCUAUGAGUGAAAAUCUCAAUGGAAGGAUAUCAAUUUUGAAAAAUUCCAAUUCUGAUAAUCUAGAUAAGACUGAGAACGAGACAGAUCAAACCAAAGACGCUAAUGGGCUGAGCUUUAAGAAGAAUUGUAACGUAUAUAGCGUAAACCAGGCGAAGACGUUGACGCCAGAGCGAAAGAAAUCGUUACCUCUCACAAUGCCAAGAUUGAUAGGCCAUAAAUUGCAAGAGAACGGACAGUGCAAAUCUAUUUUGCCAGCUGAGGUAUGCCUUGCUGAUGGAGCUUCUGGGAAAGACUUCACAUCGCGCGCCAUCGGGCGGCUGUCUAGAGGUUUGGGGAAACUUCUUCGACGCACCAAUAGUGUGCGAAUCAGCGAUCCAGAUCCAGUUUACAAGGUGGCUUAUCUUGGCAACGUUCUCACUGGCUGGGCGAGAGGUGAGAGCUGUAUAGAAAAGCCGCUGUCGACACUCUGGAGAAACUACCAACAGUCAACCAAACCUGACGUAGUGAUGAAACUCUCAGUCACCAACUCCGGCCUGAAGGGCUUCACCAAAGAGCACGGUCUCACCGAGUACUGGUCCCACCGCAUCACGUACUGUGCCAGCCCUCCUCACUACCCUAAACUAUUUUGUUGGGUCUACAGACACGAGGGCAAAAAGCUAAAGCAUGAACUCCGAUGCCAUGCCGUUCUCUGCACCAAAGAAUCUAUAUCAAAGAAGAUCACCGAGGAACUACAAAUUAAAUUAAGGCAAGCAUUAGUCGAAUUUAAAAAGGAUAGAAUCUCGAAGCAGAACGCGAGACUUAGUCUCGCCAAUAGUGUUUACGAUAAUCCAAGCAUGCCACGCAGAAAAAUACUUCUUAGCGUUGGUGCGACAAACUAUAGGCCGCCCCUAGAGAGAUCCAAGUCUGCCCCAAAACUCGGUGCCAUUGAAGAGCUUUGCUCUGAAGAGGAUGAAGAAGAAGCUGAGAUGAAUGCAAAACAAAAUAUAGAAACUUGGACAAGAAACACAAUGGGUAACAGUAUGAUAGUUGAUGAAUUCUAUACCUCACACACUCUUGACAGGCGACGACAGGAAAUGAAGUCUCCGCGCAAAUUAUCGUGUCCAGAAGGCGUAAUGGAUAGAACCCGAACAGAUUCUGAACGCAGUUCAGACGUUGCUUCGGAUAAAGUGAUCGAUCUUCUUGCUGAAGAAAGCAAAAGAGUAGACGUAGAGCAUAGCAAUAAUGAAACUAGUCAAAACGAUGAGAAAUUGGAGUCCAGAUUGCAUACGUUGGAAUCUAUUGCUGAAACUAAUGAAUUGGCCGAAAACGCAAGAAACAAUGAUAGUAAAAAUGUGCACCUGUUAUCUCAAAGUAACUUCCUCGUCACGGACAGCGACGAUGGAUCCGUUUCUUCAGGCUGCGAGACUGCCAGCACGGUGACGUCUGACACUGAACCAUCAUCGCUUCCCUCGAACUUCCCGCAGGAAGAAAUACAGAAGAAGCACCCGAAAAAUGAAGACGACAUCGCAAACUUUGACCAACGUUUUGAGCGUUCACCAUUGACGGCAAGCGAUAAGAGCUGCUCAAAUUCCACUCACGUGGUGAAUACAGACAGCAAUAUUUCCAACAUAUCCUCUCCAGAGGAAGUGAAUCACGUACCGAUAGGUGAAAAGAAUACCUUCCGCCGAAGAUCCACGUAUCCGCCUUUGGGUGUUGAUUCCAGUAUUCUCAACAACUUUGAGGGCAGUUUCGAACCCCUUAUUGAUCUAACGGAUGUAGAUAGCCUGACUUCGAGCACCGAAACAGAGGUAUUCAAAGGAACAGGCGAUAACGACAGCGCAUGCAGCGACGAAUCUGGUUAUUCAGAACUUAUAGAUAAUGGCAAAGAUAGUAUUAUCGGCAAUACUAUUAUGGUGUAGAACAUAGACGAAUAAAAUGCAACUGUAGAUACAUUUGAGAAUAAUAUAUUGUAUAGCAAGGCACAACUUGUAGCUUAAAUUUAUAGAAAAACUUGCUGUAUAGCGACCGUUGUGUUACAUUAGUUUUACUUGUAAAUAACAGGGUACGAUUGUACUUGAUCCAUUUAACAUAUUAUUGUCGUUAUAUGUUUGUAAAUAUCUUAAUGUAAUAUCACUUAUAUUGUGAACAUAAAAUUUAUAAGAGAUUUUAUUAUUUUUUUCUUGUAUAUUUUGUUUGCUACGUCCUCAAGCAUUGUUUGUUGUUUCAUUCAUAUUUAUUAUACAUUAUUCAUUCAAUGUUAAUAGUUUAUACGUGACACAAUCAGAAUCGUAGGUACUUAUACAUUCCAUUAUACAUUUGUUGUUUGGGAUAUCUCAUCAAUGUCUGUAGUAAGGAUCAUUUUUGGAAAAAAUAAAAAUGAAAUGAUGA